AUGUUUCUAGUCUCUAGUGUCUAGUGUCCAGUGUUGAAUACUGUGAUAUUUAAAUUGGUUUGCUCCAUAGAAGAAAAAAAAAGAGUGGUUUACUCAAAAAUUAUUAAUAUAGCUACCUGCUUGUUUGCUUUUGACAGGCUUUUAUAUUAGUUUGGCAACAUAUUUCGUCAAAACUUCCCUAAAGAUGUUUAUUUUACAUGCUUCACUAGUUAUAGAAACUUCUUAGUGUUAACUUAGAUUAAUGUGUUUUAACGUGAUUUGUUUAAACAUAACCUCAAAACAUUGGACUGAUACACAAAUAUAAGAAAUGAGCUUCUUGCCAGGAACUGCUUCCUUGUUGGACGAAUUGGACAAGAAGCUUAUGGUGUUGCUGCGAGAUGGCCGAACCCUCAUUGGCUACCUGCGCAGCGUGGACCAGUUUGCCAACCUCGUGCUGCACCGCACCAUAGAGCGGAUCCACGUGGGCAAUGAGUUUGGCGACAUCCAGCGCGGAGUGUUCAUCGUGCGUGGCGAGAACGUUGUGCUGCUGGGGGAAAUCGACGACGAGCGGGACGCGGGCUCGCGGCUGGUGGAGGUGUCCGUGGAGGACAUCCUGGACGCUCAGCGCCGCGAGCAGGAGGCGCGGCAGGAGCGGGAGAAGCGCCUGGCCAAGGCCCUCAAGGAGCGCGGCCUCACCUACCUGCCCGACCUCACGCACGAUGACCUCUUCUGAGUCCUCCUGCCGUCUCGCUCCAGCCAUGUGUCUUGUCAUCUUGAGGCCUUCCAAGCAGUUCGUUUGAAAUCUCAUUAGAAUGUAUCAGAAAAAAAAUCUACUAUGUUACUUUGUAUUGUCACAUCACUACAAAAGGUUUUUACGUAUGAACUUGGAAAUGAGUUACUUCCUAAUGAGAAUCCACUGACUCUCCAGAGAAGGCACUCACAAAAGCAGUGCUGCCACAGCUACAAUUUACUUUGUGAAAAUUUUCCAUUUUCAUAUAUUUUUUUUUUUGCAAGGCAGCCUAUGGUGAUGCUUAAACAAUGUUUUGAUUAUGUAUUAUUGAACUGCUAAGCUGCAAAGCAGCUAUGCUUAAAUAUUGUGUAACCUCUACCAGGUUACAUUGGCUGCUCCGAUAUAGUAGCACUAAAUAUGUAUGUUCAAUCUAUUAUUAGAUUUAUUAGAUCAAUUAAUUUUUCAAGGGAUAUAACCCGUUCCAUUCAAAAUGAGUUUGUAUUUUUUUUUAUAUAAUUUUUUUUAGCAGACAAGUAGAAUGCAAGAGGUAUUAACACAAAUAAGUGUCGUAAAGAUUCAUGUUGAGUUCCAAUGAUUAUUGUAAUGAUUAUUUUUUUAUUUGGAAAAUAUAUUGAAACUUUUUAAAA